AUGGCAAUGCGGCUGGUUCUCGCCCGUCAGUCCUAGCCCGGCCCUGCCCCUCCUUGUAUUUUUUCCGCGCUGGCUGAGAUUCAAAGAGAAGUGGAGGUGGGAGGGAGCGACAAUGGAAAAAUCACCUAAAAAUUGGGACAGAGGAAGGAAGCUACAGUUACGAAGGAGAGCUGCAAAAGUUGCAGCAGAAAGGUUGGGAGUCCCGACAGGUUCCGUAGCCCACAGAAAAGAAGCAAGGGACGGCAGGACUGUUUCACACUUUUCUGCUUCUGGAAGGUGCUGGACAAAAACAUGGAACUAAUUUCCCCAACAGUGAUUAUAAUCCUGGGUUGCCUUGCUCUGUUCUUACUCCUUCAGCGGAAGAAUUUGCGUAGACCCCCGUGCAUCAAGGGCUGGAUUCCUUGGAUUGGAGUUGGAUUUGAGUUUGGGAAAGCCCCUCUAGAAUUUAUAGAGAAAGCAAGAAUCAAGUAUGGACCAAUAUUUACAGUCUUUGCUAUGGGAAACCGAAUGACCUUUGUUACUGAAGAAGAAGGAAUUAAUGUGUUUCUAAAAUCCAAAAAAGUAGAUUUUGAACUAGCAGUGCAAAAUAUCGUUUAUCGUACAGCAUCAAUUCCAAAGAAUGUCUUUUUAGCACUGCAUGAAAAACUCUAUAUUAUGUUGAAAGGGAAAAUGGGGACUGUCAAUCUCCAUCAGUUUACUGGGCAACUGACUGAAGAAUUACAUGAACAACUGGAGAAUUUAGGCACUCAUGGGACAAUGGACCUGAACAACUUAGUAAGACAUCUCCUUUAUCCAGUCACAGUGAAUAUGCUCUUUAAUAAAAGUUUGUUUUCCACAAACAAGAAAAAAAUCAAGGAGUUCCAUCAGUAUUUUCAAGCUUAUGAUGAAGAUUUUGAGUAUGGGUCCCAGUUGCCAGAGUGUCUUCUAAGAAACUGGUCAAAAUCCAAAAAGUGGUUCCUGGAACUGUUUGAGAAAAGCAUUCCAGAUAUAAAAGCAUGUAAAUCUGCAAAAGAUAAUUCCAUGACAUUAUUGCAAGCUACGCUGGAUAUUGUAGAGACGCAAACAAGUAAGGAAAACUCACCCAAUUAUGGGCUCUUACUGCUUUGGGCUUCUCUGUCUAAUGCUGUUCCUGUUGCAUUUUGGACACUUGCAUACGUCCUUUCUCAUCCUGAUAUCCACAAGGCCAUUAUGGAAGGCAUAUCUUCUGUGUUUGGCAAAGCAGGCAAAGAUAAGAUUAAAGUGUCUGAGGAUGACCUGGAGAAACUCCUUCUAAUUAAAUGGUGUGUUUUGGAAACGAUUCGUUUAAAAGCUCCUGGUGUCAUUACUAGAAAAGUGGUGAAGCCUGUUGAAAUUUUGAAUUACAUCAUUCCUUCUGGUGACUUGUUGAUGUUGUCUCCAUUUUGGCUGCAUAGAAAUCCAAAGUAUUUUCCUGAGCCUGAAUUGUUCAAACCUGAACGUUGGAAAAAGGCAAAUUUAGAGAAGCACUCUUUCUUGGACUGCUUCAUGGCAUUUGGAAGCGGGAAGUUCCAGUGUCCUGCAAGAAAAACAAACAGGAAAGAGCAGCAUGAACCACCAGACUUCUUCAGAAAUUGUAGCUUGCAAAGUGAAGAGUCUCAUUAUAGCAGACAGUCUCACAUUAAACUAUACGAUUUAAAUGGAGGAAUAAGACGGAGGAUUUUCAGUGUGGAGGAAAACUUCUUUGAGUGAGCACCUCUGAGAGUUAAUGAUCUUAGGGAUGUGCUUGCUAUACCUGUCCCCUGGAACACACACCAAAACCAACAAGCUUGGUUUUCCUUGGUUCUAAUUCCUGCAAGAGGAUGCCUGAUUGGCUGUGUCAUUGUGCAAAUUGAUAUGGCUUAAACUCCAGUGUAAAACAACAGCCCUGAUCUUUGGCAAGAUUAAUCUGCUUAUAAAGGCAUGCUUGGAUAAGAAGAGAGUGUAAUAAGAGGAAGGCUGCAAUACUUGAGAAGUUAAAAUGAAGCAUGGAUUCCUCAGGAAUAGAAAGUGUGAUUUUUACUUUUUGUGUGUGUUUGGGUCUUCCAUGUAUUCUAGGGAGUCCUAGGCCACAAAGUCAUGGGCUUGUCUUGAAUUCCUAAUGAAAAUCACACAUCUAUUGGAAAAUUAAUUAAAAUCAGAGGUCCACCUAAUAGUAAUUUAGUAGUACUGUUUUUAACCAAACAACUCUUGAGCAUCUAGUAUUAAUACAAUUAUUCUUUUAUUUGAUAACUAUUUACUGAGUGUGUGCUAUGUGUCAGGUUAGGGUUCUAGGAGUUAUCAUGGAAAACAAAUCAGAUGAAGCCCCUUUCCUUUAGGAUGUUAUAUUCCCACCCAAGUCACCUUGUUAAAAACUGGGAAGAGUCAAAGACUUACAACAUUUCUGAAUUGGUUAUAAUGUGGUUGGGGAAAUGAGACAUAGCCAUAUGAAAAAAAAGCCCUACUUAACAGCUUAAGAUGGCACAUGACAAAUGCCAGAAGACUCAGAUAUGUAACAACUGCCAUAAGAAUUUGGAGGAAGGGGGAUUAGAAAAGGCUUUUGGACUAGAUUAGAAUAAUCAGUAAACAACAUAAAAGAAAGGUCAGCUUCCUAAGAUGCAGCAGUAUCAAACUUCAAGGGAAGAAAAAAAAUUAAGUGCUUAUAGGAAUAUAAUAUACCUAUAUGUUAGUGAUAGAAAGGCGAUCAUAUAUUUGGGACUUAUGAUGCUCUGAGCACAUUUUUUUCUAUAUAUUUAUGUUAAAGAUAAUGCCAUUUUAAUAUCUGUGCCUUAUAUAGUAAAGUAUCUGCACACUCUUGUAUUUGAGAAGUGUUAUUAGUAGCUUUCUCCCCUUUAUACUUAGAAAUAGCUGAUUGCUUUUAAGGAAUGAGCAAAUUUAAAUCCCCAUAAAUUUAAUGACAAGUUAAAAAUCCAAUUUAUUCUGAGGAAUUUGUUCCAUAAACAAAUGCAUCCCCUCAACUCUAGUUGUUAAAUAUAAUUAAAGGAAUUGUAUUU